AUGCAACGCAUUCUCCUCGCCACGGCCGCCCUCACCCUCGUCGCUGCCGACCGCGACGCGCUCCUCACUGAGCUCAACCAGUGGAACAAGGCCUUUGGCCCUGCGUACUUGCCCAAGGGCGUCGACGCAACCAACACGGAGGACCUCCUCGUGCGUCUCCAGGCGGCCAAGGACGCGAUCGCUGCCGUCUCCAAGGAGCAGCCGACAGCGACGUUCGGCAUCGGACCCUUCUCGCUCUACUCGCCCAAGGAGUUCCAAGCCUACCUUCGCCGGUCGUUUGCGCCGGGCGCCGCGCUGCUUCAGGACGCACCGCGUGUUGAAGACCGUGGCGUCGGCGGUGCCAACGGCACCCUCGAUUGGUCGGCGACCAGCUGCAUGAACGCGGUCAAAGACCAAGGCAAGUGCUCGUCGGCGUGGGUGUUUUCGACGACGGCGUCGGUCGAAGCUGCCCACUGCAUUGUGACGGGGUCGCUUCUCAACGUGUCGGAGCAGGACGUUGUGAGCUGCGAUCGCGAAUUGAUCGACGAAGGCUGCCGCGGCGGUCUUGAGUUUACGGCCAUGGACUGGAUCGGAACGAACGGUAUCUGCCUCGCCAAGGACUACCCGUACACGUCUGGCGCUGAUGGCAAGAACGGUGAGUGCCAAACGACCUGCAAGAAGGAAAUGCUUGCUGUUGAGGGCCAUGCAUGGGCGACCGGCGAGCCCAAAUUGGAGGCCGCGCUGCUCACGCAACCCGUCACGGCAGCUGUCAUCGCCGGCAACGACGCGUGGCAGCACUACACGUCCGGUGUCGUGACGUCGUGCCCCGGCAGCACGCUUGACCACUCGGUGCUUGUCGUCGGCUACGGCGCCGAGAACGGCAAGGACUACUUCAAGCUCCGCAGCUCGUGGGGUCUCGGCAAGGGCGGCGCCAAGCGCCAUCGCAAGGUCCUUCGCGACAACAUCCAGGGCAUCACCAAGCCCGCGAUCCGCCGUCUCGCGCGCCGUGGCGGCGUCAAGCGCAUCUCGGGUCUCAUCUACGAAGAGACGCGCGGCGUGCUCAAGGUCUUCCUCGAGAACGUCAUCAAGGACUCGGUCACGUACACGGAGCACGCGCGCCGCAAGACGGUGACGGCCAUGGACGUCGUGUACGCCUUGAAGCGUCAGGGCCGCACCUUGUACGGCUUUGGCGGCUAAGCCAUUGAACUGUGGCAACCAUAGAGUCGUCAACCACACUGGUGUUUUUCAACACCACCCAAACCACAAGAAACGAGUUGCGUGUUCACCUUUUCUGCGAUGGACUGC